UGUAACACAUGUAUGUAUGCGUGUGGCUAUAAUACAAUGUUGUUUAGUAGUGUUUCAUGGUCCGUUACCGGCGUAAUAUUUCUGCUGUCACGACUGUCAGACUCGUAUUAUUGUUUGUGAACAGCUGUACGAAUGAGUGUCGAAUAGUCGAAUAGAAUAGUUGCAUCACCGCGGAAAGUGCAAGCAAGCAUAAUGAUUUGUUAUUACUACUGACGCUGCUACUUUUACAUUUCGGUACGACCGGCGAAGUAAUAUAAGCCUAACAUGGCCACUGUUAAAGUAACCGAGCAGAAAGUCAUUCUGUGCGGGGAAUACGGUGUCGGAAAAACUUCGAUAUUUAGACGUUUUGCGAACAAUACUUUUGUAGCGAGCAACGAUCGAAAAUCGACACUGGGUCUCGAUAACAUCGAUAAAGAAUAUAUUGUUGAAGACAGAAGAAUACGACUGCAAUUAUGGGAUACUGGUGGAAUGGAAAGAGUUGCAUCGGUAACAUCAAGCUAUUACAAGUUCGCAGAAGCAGCUAUCUUAGUUUUUGCAUUAGAUAAUUCAACAUCUUUCCAUUUGUUAUCACAGCAUUUGCUUGAUAUUGUCACGUAUGCUGAGAAUGCAAAAAUAUUUCUUUGUGGAAACAAAAGUGACUUGGAAAGCACAGCUCCACAAGUUACAGAUGCCGAAAUGGAACAAUUUUGUGAGCAAUGUCACAAUUUAAUUUCUGGAAUAUAUAAAACAUCAUGUAAAACUGGGGAAGGAAUACAUGAAAUGUUUGAAGACAUAGCACAGCAUUUGGUAGAAGCCAAUAGAUCACGCAUGGAAUUGCAUGAAAUGGACAAAGACAGAUUUAAAAUCUCAUAUAUUGACGAAGCUACUGAUCCAUCAUGUUUGUGUUAAAUGACAAAAUACAAGCACUGAUGCAGCAUGUUUUAUAACUUGGGUCGACUCAAUACACAGCGAUAAAGUGUGAAGAGAGAAGACACUUUUUUGUAUCGAAUAAUUAUAAUGACAAGCUUUCCUAUGAGGGAAAGUAUAAUGAAAUAAAGAAUAGUAGGAAAAGGGGAAAUAUCAAUGAAAUUUAUAUACUAAUAUAAUCAAACCUUACAUCAUGAAAGCAGACGAUUUUAAAUAAACAUUUAUUACACGCUGAAAAGUAUUUUGCUUAACGAGACGCUCUUCAUGUGACUUACAGUCAUCCUUAUUGUACAAUUCACUUUUGUCCAGACUCUAUAUAAUUAGAUCGUUAAGGGUGUUGUACCAUAGUCAUUAGUGCUGAGUCCAUUUGAUGGUUUUCAGGUCAAUGCCCUCUUCAACCAUUUCCCACAGUGGACUGCAAAAUAAACGUUACUAUUUAUACAUCAUAAUUAAUAUCUAUUAAAAACCACUAAUGUGUAUAUUUUUAAUCACGAUGAACGUCCAACAUUGAAUUUGUACUCUCUGUUUGUUACAACUACAUCUGUUUUCAUAUAUCGAAAAUUACGUAAAAUAAGCUGUCUUUUCAUACCAAAUAAAUAAAUAAAUCAUAACUGAG